AUGUUGGCGCAAGCUGGAACCUACAUGUUGAAGGCGAAGAUGCAGGCUCUCAAGGAUCUGUAUGCUAGUCGACACUACACACAGUGCGCAAGUUAUGGGGAGCGUUUGUUGGGCGAUAUCAAUGAUAAGGUGUGUAAAAGCAGCACUGCGCUGCGUACCUUCCAUAUCCAUCCCAUCCACUCCGCAUAUCUGAACUUCUACAUCGCACUCUCUCACGACACACUGGCAAGAGAGGCGACACUCAAAAACCGCUACAAAGAACUGAACGCGGCCGAGAAGUACUACAACGAGACCAUCGUCGCUCUGACACCACCGUCACCAUCCUCCACUGCGCCAACUGUAGACGACGACCAGCCUCUAACACCAGACUCUGCGACCAUUCCAGACGAACAGACUUGGUUCCGGCGAUCAUCCAGAGUCAGGUCCUUCGACUCAACAAGCAGCUAUCGCAGCUCAACCUCAAGCACGGAUUCCUACGCCUUCGACCUUGAGGUAGACCCAGACCUUGCGCUGAGGAACUUUCGCUUUCCAUCGCCACCCGGAAAGAAUGUAGAAUGGGACUCGUGUGCCGACUCUAGACCUCUGUCCCGGCACAUGAAGAAUGACAGUAUCCUGUCACCUCUGUCAACAGAGCAUGUGCGGUCAAAACCGGGGGUCCAGCUGCCGAAUGGCACCCCCGCCUUUGUCUGUAUGGUAGAGGGCCAUCUUACUAGUGUGCGUACCCUAAAGGAGACCACUGGUGUACGUGGUGUGCGGUUCGCAUUCCCAACUCCUUCGCCAUCUCCCACCAAAACGCAGUUCAAAGAUCCAAGGAGCAGCUGGAUGCUGACAGACGAGGAGAGGGAAAAGCUGCAACAGAAGAGGAAGAAUAUGACAUGGCGCCCACGCUUCAAUCCUGAAAGCGUGCAGAAACUGUGUAGCGAUGCGCUGGCAGAGCUCUCAUAGCUGUCAGCAUGUCCUUUCGUGGAAACCUCCCUAGCUCUCAUGCAACGAUUCUACGCGAUUGAACCACGACUACACUCAUGUACUAUCACAACUUCUGUACGAAUUUCUUUGAUGUUUAUCUAGCAAGGUGUCCCAGGUGGACAAACUCUCAUAUACCCCGGUUCGGUGCUUGUCAGUUGGCUCUUUGUACAGCUAUGAUUUUUGUACAAAUACGCGUCAGUCAAGAAUGUCUAGUUGUAUCUAUAGAAGCAAGCUUGUUCUUUGCUUUCAAAUAUACCUCAUCAAUGCCGACGCAAACGCCUUUGACUAGCAUG